GGAGGACUACAUGGCUAAAAGUCCUCCUGCAUAUGGAUGGGGUUUCGGCAGUUGGCAGUGUACCACUAGCAACCAGCCGACGGCCGACCACUAGCCGGGCUGUCUGAGCUCGCCGAUGGAAGCGCGCGGGCUUCUCCUACUCCGAGCCUUCUCCUCCCUCCCGCUCCGCCUUCCUUGCCGUCGCAACCCCGUAUCCCCCCCAUCUUCCCCGCUCUUUAAACCCUUUUCCUCCUCUUCUUCCUCUCCUCGCUCGGCUUCUUCUCAGAGGACCUACAGAGGUCCGAAGCCGCGGCGGGAUUUGGUGCGGGAAUGGGUUUCCAGAAACGACGCGCUCGUGCGGAGCUCGCCCAUCUUCGUCGGCGGCGUUGCCUUGCUCGCCGUUCUUCUUAACCGCGCCUUCUCCGGAAUCGCUCCCGUUGCUGAUGCUUCAAGUUCACAGUCAAGAGCGGACAUACUAACUCUUGCUUUGGCUGUAACCGACAUUCUCACUGGUCUUGUAUGGUUGUCCAUUCGACCAAAAGUUGUUUCUCCAGUUGUUCCUCAAGGUGUUGAAUGUGAACGGAUAAAAUCUGGUAUUGCCAAUCGCGCAGUUCUUGAGUUGCUGUGGGCAUGGAAAUCUCUUUCAACAGCGACAUGUUGUAAAUCUUUUGUUGUCGUGCAUGGAGGUGACUGCCUUCUUCAAAUUGGCUUUGCAGCGGAGUCACUUAACAAAGAUGGGGAUGCAAUGAUUGUGGAUGUGCAUAAAUUGAUCGAAGGAUCACUCUAUAAAAGUGUCAUGAAAUCUGGAAAGCAAAGUUACUUGGCGAAUCUUUCCCUCUAUCCUGGAAGAUCUGAGCUUCCCUUCUUACCUACUAAUACGCAGGCUCUUAUCUUACAACCUCUUGGGGAUACAGGAAUUGCGAUUGUUGGUGGUGACACUAUUAGGGGCUUCACCAAUUUUGAUCAGGCAUGGAUUAAUCUAAUGGCAGAGAAGCUGGAUGCUACAUUGGCAAGCACUUAUUAGGAGCUUUCCACAGAAGUUUUUAUGUUUGUUCAUUUAUGGUUCGUUCAUUGUAAAGUUCAUUCGAAAUUGUGGUUGUUUGUACAUGUCCACCCUAACGAGUCAAUUUUGUAAACAACAAAAUUUUAUUUUAUCGAUAUGUACCUUGUGUGCACUGCUGAAAAAAGGCUAUAUUUGGACACGCUGUAAAAACUUAUUUUUUA